CCGACUCGUGCAACAGGCGCCAGCAAAAUCGGCCUCAGGGCCCUGACUCACUCCUGACGAGGCGGCUCGAGGAGCCUGGGACCUGGAGGGCUUCCUUCUUGCUCAAUGCUACGGUGUCGGCAGCCUUCACAUUCGAGGAAAGAGGAAGCCAUUGACCGCGUUCUGGAUCUGUCACGGUCAGAAGGGCGAGGCUUUGGCGGGGUUGGACUUUCAUUCACCACUUUGCUGUCGAGCACCUUUUGGGCCCAACAUGGGUUACAUUUGAGGUCCUGCUGGUCGAUUAUUGGUUCAUUAGUUGGUUGAUAGGUCGGUUGCUUUUCAGCAGCCUUUCCCAGCACCGACUGUUGCGGUUCUUGCCGCCCGCCAUGUCGCCCGCCAUGGCUGCUUCAGCACGGAGGCUGUCACUAUCGGUUGUCUUGCCUGGUUGCCCAUGCGAGACUUCUACUCGAACCCCAUCUCCCCUCCCUCAAGCACUUCUUCCAUCCCCAUGGAGUAACUCUGCCAACGCAAGCCCCCUCAUGAGAUCUAGACAGCGGCGGUUUUCUCUGCCGGACAGCAAUUCCGGACCGGGCAUAAGAUGUGGGCUUGGCAGCGGAAGGUCGCGCAGACCGAGUCUGAGUGGGCUGGCUGGGCAAGCGGCGGUGAGCAGCCCCUUACAAGCACACACUAGACAAGGAAAUCCAAGGGAGCCAAAGAACAAGUCGGCAGAGCCGGAGGUAUCAAAAGGGAAGGUUGGCGUUGUGAAGGAGGCACUCCGCUCGGCUGUCUUGUCCAGGGAGGAGGAACUGGAAUGGUGGGAUGAGUUCACACCCGAGGAGCAGGCGGAGAUGCGGCAGGUGGCAUUGAAUGCCUUGGAGGAGUGGGUGGAGUCUAAUCAGCCGCAGGCGGAGAAGUGGUUGGACUCAAGUGAGGCGCAGAAUUGGUUGAGUGGCAGAAGGAGCAAGUCCCGGGACGGGGAGGGGUCAGGAGAGGACGAGGAAGCUGCAUGCAGUUCAAUACAGCAGUCUCAAGCUUUGGCAUUGUACAGGGCCAUCAAGGCUGAUGAGCCAGAGCGGAGCAGCAGCGAGAAGCAAGAAGAGGCUGAGACCUCUGGCAGAAGCUCGCACUUUGGGUUUGCCUUUGCUUCUGACAGUCAAAAAAACGGAAAGCGGGAGGAGCAGGAAGUUGUGCCAGAUGAGGAGAGACGACGAGAGCAAGAGGCAAACGAGGGCAAGCAGGAAGCGGAGGGAGGCGGGAAUUGGUUUUCUAGAAUCACGGGCAAAUUCGAUGCGCGGAUGAAGGGCCUCAUGCUUCUUAACUUGUUGACAUUCUUGUAUGGCAGCAAUGUUUCCGUGUUGAAGAAUUCUGCGACAUUGUUGGACCCAGCCACCUUUGCAGCGGGGAGGUUUGGCAUUGGGUCAAUUGCGUUUGGUCCAUGGUUGUGGAAGGCCCUGAGAGACCCCAGGAUACGCAAAGCCGGCGGAGAGCUGGGGCUCUGGGCCAGCAUUGCGUAUCUCACUCAGGCGCUUGCCCUCCAGACCAGCGACGCUGGGCGCGUCUCAUUCAUUUCCACGUUUACGGUCAUUGUGGUGCCCCUGCUUGCUGGCCUCUUUGGCAAGAAGAUCUCUCCCCUCACGUGGGUGUCAGCAGCGGCAGCCCUCGCUGGGGUCGGGCUUCUUGAGUCGAGCGGAGCGCCACCAGCGAUCGGCGACGUGUGGGCGUUGUUGAGCGCUGUGCUGUUUGGCGUUCAGAUGUUGCGGACCGAGCACCACUCAAGGUCGCUCCGCAAGGAGGACUCCAUGGCACUGAUUGGCCUUCAGAUGACAGUGACUGCUGCAGCUUCCGCCGCCUGGGCGCUCAUUGGCCACUUGCAUAGCGGCGACUUGACGGUGUUGAACGCGCUGUUUGCGGGAGACGUGGGCACGCUGGCGCAAGGGUUACAGGGAGUGCCCUGGUGGCCCAUGCUCUACACCGGGGUUUUCACCACUGCCCUGUGCCUUUGGAUUGAGGUCGUUUCCCUGCAUGACGUCUCAGCCACGGAGGCCGCUCUUGUGUACACGAUCGAGCCGCUGUGGGGUGCUGGGUUUGCGUGGCUUUUGCUAGGCGAGCGGUGGGGUCCUAUGGGGUGGUUGGGGGCGGCCCUCAUCCUAGGUGGCAGUAUGACAACACAACUGUUUGGGGAGGAAGAGACAGAAAGCAAACCCGCCGUAGCAGGUGUACAUGAUAGCCCUUCAAAAUCUGUAAAAGAGAUUCUUACAAAGACAGACACAGAUAGUUUUGACCUCGACAGUUUCACACGAGCUCUUAGUUUGUUCGCGCUUUCGGAAAUGGCAGACAAGGCUGACCGGGCAACGGCGGCAAAAGCAGAAAAGAACAUAGAGCGUUCCGAAGAGCGGGUUGUAGUUAGUAGUCGGACUUCUAGGGCAGGUAUCACGAGAAGGGUUGGGCACAAAUAAUUGAGAUGCUUGUUCUUCUAGCAUCGUAGUUGUCGCCCAUUGAUUCAGGUCACCAGAAUCCAGAUACCUUUAUUUGUGAGUAGGCACAAGUAGCGCGCCAGACAUAGCAAGACACAACACAUUGUUCACGAUUCUGACACUGCAAGGAGACACGUAAUUGAUCUGGAACACGCGAGAAGACAAAGUUGAUCGCAAGAUAUCUUGCAACCAAGUACAACAUACCCUGGUCUACUCUGCGAGAAGACAGAGAUGAACGCCAGAUAUCUCGCUACCAGAUAACUAUACCCUGGUUAAACAGCGUGGCUGUCAGAAUGUGCAUCCUAAGCAUAGGAUGAUAACAGUGGCAGCAAUAUUUAGCUAUGGGAUUAAGGUUUGUUGCGAGCCGUCUGGAGAUCAAGUCAAAUUUGUCAAUUCACGGCGUGGUGAUUGUAAUUUCCGAG